AUGUACACGCCCGACCCAUCCAGCGACAUCUUUGCCAACUUGUACGUACCAGAAUGGAUACACACCACGGCUCGCCACGUUCGCGGGUCUGCCGAGGACACCAUCAAACCAUGUCAGCCGUUCAGCGUCGCAGACCCCAGUUGGAGCGGUUUCACCAUCUGA